UCCCGGGGAGACCCCAGGCAGGGUCCCCGUACGUGGCGCGGCUGGCCUUUCGCCUUGGGCGCGUGAGGGGCGUGAGGCCCGGCCUGACCGGAGCCCACUCCGGUCAGAAGAGAGAGGAAUCGCGGGCUGCGCCAAGCUCAGAGAGGUGAGGACCUUGGUCUCAGGAGGUGACACAGCAGUUCAGAAGAGGAGGAUUCCCAGGCCCUGUCAGGAGUCAAUGAAGGUGAAGAGCUUGGCCUGACCUGGUGACAUCAGCAGAGGGAAGAGUUCCAGGAUCUGUGACGAGUCAAGGUAAGGGACUUGGAACUGAGGUCCUUAGUCUGAGUGUGAAGGCCGGGGAACGGAAGAAGCCACAUCAGAUCAGAAGAGGGAGGAGUCCCAAGCUCUGCUAGGAGUUAAGGUUUCCAGAGGACGAACUGUCCAGGAAGACAGGAGCCCUGUGAAGCCCGAGAGCGUCCCCCCCCCCCCCCCCCGCCGCCAAAAGAGCCUGCCUGUGGCACCCGAUCUCCCACCAUCCCGCUCACACUUCUACUUGUUGCUGCCAACUAGAGGCAUCAUGCUUCACUCUCCAAAGCGUCCGCGGCUCACAUUGGAACCAGACUUUCAGGCCCAAAAUGAGAUACAGGACCUGGCGGUGGCCCAUGUUCUCAAGGCCGAGGAGGAGGAGGAGGAGGAGACUUCCUCCUCUUGCUCUUUCAAUUUCUCCUAUCCCUCCACUUCCUCCUCCCUGCAUUCCUCUCCUGUGAUCCCGGUUUCCAAAGAGGAGAAGGAGGUGGAGGAGAAGGAGCCUGAGAAGGAGCCCGCCACAACCUUGAGUCCUCCCCACAACCCUCAGAGCCCCUGCUUCUUCUCCGUAUCACGGAGCACAUCAGAAGGAGGCUCCGGUAGCCAAGAAGAAGAUCUAUGUUUCCCGCAGACCUCAACAGACACCGAAUCUUCGCCCACAGACCCACUAGAUGAGAGGGUAGCUGAUUUAGUGAAUUUCAUGAUUCUUAAGUACCGAUUGCAGGAGCUCGUCACAAAGGCAGAAAUGCUGAUGGUUAUCAUGAAAAGGUACAGGAAACAUUUCCCUGUGAUCUUUAAGAAAGCUUCUAAGUUUAUGGAGGUGAUCUUUGGCAUUGAUAUGUGGGAGGUGGACAUUUCUGUCCCCUCCUAUGUCUUUGUCAACUCACUGGACCUCACUAGUGUUGAGGUGUCUAGUGACACCCACGGCAUGCCUAAGAACGGUCUCCUGAUAAUCAUCCUGGGUGUGAUCUUCAUAGAGGGCAAUCGCAUCCCUGAGGAGGACCUCUGGGAUUUCCUGAAUAUUAUGGGAGUGUAUCCCGGGAGGGAGCAUUUCAUUUAUGGGGAGCCCAGGAAGCUCAUCACCAUAGAUUGGGUGUAUGAGAAUUACCUAGAAUACCGGCGGGUGCCUGACAGCAAUCCUCCACGCUAUGAAUUCCUGUGGGGUCCCAGGGCCCAUGUUGAAAUCACCAAGGUGAGAGUUCUAGAAUUUUUGUUUAAGAUCAAAGGGAUUGACCCCCUUUCCUUCUCAUUUUGGUAUGAGGAGGCUUUAAAAUACGAGAAAGAGGGGCGCCUGGGUGGCGCAGUCGGUUAAGCGUCUGACUUCAGCCAGGUCACGAUCUCGCGGUCCGUGAGUUCGAGCCCCGCGUCAGGCUCUGGGCCGACGGCUCGGAGCCUGGAGCCUGUUUCCGAUUCUGUGUCUCCCUCUCUCUCUGCCCCUCCCCGUUCAUGCUCUGUCUCUCUCUGUCCCAAAAAUA